CUUUUAAACCACAUGUCGAAGCAGAAACGUCAACGGCUAAGCAGCAAUCAUGGAAAAGGAAAAUGCUUCUGUUCAGAAGUGUCUGAAAUCAUUGCGCAGCGCUAAGUCCGAUAACGAAAAGUUUGCUGCUAUGAUGUUUGUGAGCAAACUGCUGAAGGCUGAUGAUUGUGACUCUGAUGUCAGAAGGGAGAUGGCAGAGGCAAUUGGAUUUGACUUUCUGAGUCGUCUGUUGAAGACAGAGUCAUCACCAGAAGGCUGCCCCAGAUCUAUGUCGUCUCUGGCUCUCAGUGUACUCUCAGCAUUCUCACAGGAUGAAGAUGUGGAAUCCCCAAAACCCUGGCUUCCAGAGUUAGCUAAAACCUUCAGAGAGAUCUUACAGAGUAAAAUUGAUGAAAAGCAGCGAGAGCCCACACUCCAUCUUGUGGCAGACUUGGUUACCAGGUUGGGUUUGACGAGUUUAUUACCUCCUCACACAGAAGAUUGCAAACUUUUACUGCUAGUCAUUCACCUGGUGGCAGUAGAGGUUAGGAUGAUUGUGGAAGUAGAAGACUUUGAUCAGGUAUCCAGUAAGGAGAAUUUACUGUCGUCGUGUUUCACCAUCCUGGAGCAGACUAUCAGCUUCCUGGCAGAGGAAUCAGCCCUACCGCUGGAGUCUAAACAAGUCCAGCAACUCCAUGCAGCACUUACGGGUGCAUUUAAUGGCGUUCUCUUUUUUCUGUCAUUUGUGGCUAGAGAAUGCCCGGAUAAGAUGCUUGAGUUUGUUGUGAUUGGCUGUGUACGUGUUCUUGGAUCAUGGUUGGCUGAAGAAACAGCUGCCCUGAGGGAGGAAGUGUAUGAAGCCUUGCCCUUUCUUCUGAAAAUAAGCAAAGCAACAUUCCCAUCAUUAAAAGAGACAGAUUCAGGUGAUGGGCAGGUGUGCACAUUACAAUUCCUCUUGCCGGGCCUGUGUCACCUGACUGCGGAGGACCAGUCAAGGACCAUUCUGCUGCAGGAGCAGGUACAUGUCCUCUUAGCUCAGUACUUCUCUCACCUGUGGACAGAAUUCAUGUGUCAUCAAAGAUCACAGACGCAGAUUGCCUUGCGGACUCUGUGUGGUGUUUUGUUGAACUUGUCUGUGUUGGAGACGGAUCUUGUUAAGUCACACCCAGUCUUCACGGAGCUGAUGUCACUACUGUGUGGCUGUAUUACAGUAUUAGUUGACUCCUCCCACACUGUUCUGUUAGCCAAUCAAAUAACAUUAGGAUUGAUGAUUGGCAGGCAUCCUCAGGUCAUGCAAGGUAGGAAUUCAUUACUGUUUAAAAAUUGA